CCACUUGCAAUCAAACACAGAUUAGGGACUUCUGUGUAGUAGACAUAAGCGGUUGUGCGAGCGGCAUGUGGGGUAUUUACAGAGCGCAGCGAUCUGUCAGUGUGGUUUUGCGGCUGUCAUGUUUAGUGAGGACUGUGCCGUGUCAUAAGGAGCCAGUGCAAAGCCUGUGCCAACAUCAUCAAUCAUGUAGAAGACAUCUUGAGACCAAUAUCAUGACUUAUCUACGUACAAGUAAAAGAAGAACAGGAACUUUAACAAAUACAAGCUCACUAGAUGAAAAUAUAUAUGAGAAAUUGGCAGAAGAUACCCUAGACUCCCUAGCUGAAUUCUUUGAAGAUCUUGCUGACCAACCAUUCACAGCGGACGAUUAUGAUGUUUUAUUUGGGAGUGGUGUGCUUACAGUUAAAUUAGGAAGUGACAGGGGGACUUACGUGAUCAAUAAACAGACGCCCAACCGACAGAUUUGGCUGUCCUCGCCCACUAGUGGACCCAAACGAUAUGAUUGGACAGGAGGAUCUUGGGUGUAUUCUCAUGAUGGAGUUACUCUCCAUCAGCUUUUAGCAUAUGAACUGUCAAUAGCAUUAAAUCAUAAACUAGACUUAUCAGCAUUAGUGUAUUCAGGAAAGCUAGCCACUUAAAUUUACCUUUAUGACAGUUUAAAAUGUCAUCUUUUUACGUUCACUACAUUGUAAAAUUUUGCUUUAUUUGAAACGUUUUACAUGUUUGUUUUGUGCUGUAGGUGUAAGUUUCCAUAAACCAAAUAAAAUUUAAAAAAUGUGUGUAUAUUUUUUCAAAA